CAAACUAUUAGCCAAAAACAAGCCCAAAUCAACCAACUACGCACGGAUUUACAAGCCAAAACCACUGCGGAAAGAACCGCCCAAACUAAGAUUACCCGUUUAGAAAAGCAAAUCACCGACUUAAAAGCUGAAAAACAAACUUUACAAGAGCGCAUCCAAUUAAACGAGCAAAAGGAUACUUUUCAAAAAAGUGCUGAUUAUUUACGAGAGACUUUAAAAGGUGCUGAAAAAGAGUUAGAGGAAGCGAAGCAAGAAUUAACUUUAAGUCAAGCGCAAGCCCAGCAAGCCACCCAAUCCCAUCAGCAAGACUUAGCGCAAAAAGCCGAAGAGUUAAGACAAAGAAAUGAAGCUUUUAAAGUUUUACAAGAACGCAAUAGUGAUUUACAAGCCAAAUUAACCCAAGCUAGUGAAGAAAUCACUAACAAGUUGGAAAGUGCUUCCGUGGAAGGCGAUGCGUUUGAGCAGUUAAAGCGCGAGUUAGAGCAAGCCCAAGCCCAAAAUGCUAGUUUACAAGAGCAAUUGGCCGGGAAGUCCGGCAAGAAUUAUUG